AACUUGGUGCUAAUGAAUAAGUAACAGAUAUAUCGAGAGAAGGUAAUGACGUUUAGUUAGCAUUUGUAAGUCGGCUUCGACGUGUGACGAGUUGCGUGUAUUUUUUUUAAAUAUUCCAUAUUGUGAUGUCAUUGAGCGAAACACGGGCCUGGCUGAACGCAUUCUCCUUGCACUGUUUAUUUUUAAAAUUUAAGAAAACGUUUUAUUCUUGAUCUUGGAAAGAUUCAAGAUGGUGCAUAAUAAUGUGAUACAAAUGGGCCUGGAGAAUGUUAUUCGGGAAUUGCGGCAAGACGAUGUACCAGGCGAGCAUAAAGACGAGGAGGAAAGGAAAGGGAAUGUCACGUAUGGAAUCGACGAUACACCUCCGUGGUACCUCUGUAUAUUUAUGGCUUUACAGCACUACUUGACGAUGAUCGGCGCCAUAGUAGCCAUACCGUUCAUCCUGUGCCCCGCACUGUGCAUGCAGGAGACAGACCCAGACCGAUCCAACAUUAUAUCCACCAUGAUAUUCGUCACAGGACUAAUAACGUGGCUUCAAUCAACAUUCGGCUGCCGCUUACCCAUAGUGCAGGGCGGCACCAUCUCCUUCCUAGUUCCCACCCUGGCCAUCCUAGGUCUACCGGAGUGGCAGUGCCCCGCUUCGACUACCCUGGCGGCCAUGACGGAAGACCAGAGGAGGGAGGUGUGGACGAGCAGGAUGCGGGAACUGUCGGGAGCGAUUGCUGUAUCCGCGCUGUUUCAAGUGUUUAUGGGGUACUUCGGUGUGAUCGGAUCAUUGCUGCGUUUCGUAACGCCGCUGACCAUCGCGCCGACGGUAGCGUUGGUGGGGCUCACGCUAUUUGACCACGCUGCCAGCGCCGCAGCCCAGCAGUGGGGCAUCGCUGCGGGUACAUUCACUCUGUUGACGAUAUUCUCCCAGUGCAUGACCAACGUGAAUAUUCCGACGCUUGCGUACAAGAAAGGCAGGGGGUGCACAGUAAUUUGGUUCCCACUCUUCAAGCUGUUCCCGGUGCUCCUCACAAUAAUGAUAAUGUGGGCUGUGUGCGGCAUACUGACCGCCACGGGAGUGUUCCCCCCGGGACACCCCGCCAGGACAGACCUCAAGGUCAACAUCAUCGAGGAUGCGCCGUGGUUCAGAGUCCCUUAUCCAGGGCAAUGGGGCGCGCCGACAGUGAGCGUGGCAGGCGUUCUGGGCAUGCUGGCAGGCGUCCUCGCCUGCACCGUCGAGUCCAUCAGCUACUACCCCACCACUGCCAGGAUGUGCGCCGCUCCCCCUCCUCCGCUUCACGCUAUCAACCGCGGACUCGGCACAGAGGGCCUGGGCACGGUCCUCGCUGGACUCUGGGGCUCCGGCAACGGGACCAACACCUUCGGAGAAAACGUCGGAGCCAUUGGUGUUACUAAGGUUGGGUCCCGUCGCGUGGUGCAGUGGGCGGCGGCGCUGAUGGUCCUGCAGGGCGUGGUGGGCAAACUGGGCGCGGUGUUCAUUAUCAUCCCGCAGCCCAUCGUGGGCGGACUGUUCUGCGUCAUGUUCGGAAUGAUCUCCGCUUUUGGUCUCUCAGCUCUCCAGUACGUGAACCUGAACAGCUCCAGAAACCUGUACAUCAUCGGGUUCAGUUUAUUUUUCCCGAUGGUGCUGACGCGGUGGAUGGCGGCCCACAGCGGUGUCAUACAGACCGGUGUGAAUGCACUCGAUGCUGUGCUCCAAGUUCUGCUGUCCACUUCGAUCCUCGUGGGAGGUGUUGUGGGGUGUUUGUUGGAUAAUCUCAUACCAGGUACUGACGAGGAGAGAGGCCUGGCUGCCUGGGCCAAAGAAAUGUCAUUAGAAGCAGCGGGAGCGUCAGAACAUGGUGACACGUAUGACUUCCCUAUUGGCAUGAGUCUCAUAAGAAGGUGGACGUGGACGUCGUAUCUUCCCUUCAUGCCGACGUAUGAGGCUGGCAAGUUUACAGCACUCUUCACCAAGAAGGAGAGCUGAUGACGAAAUUACGAAUAAAAAUAUACAUGCUUGCUGCUGAAUGUUUUGUAGGUUAAGUUGAAUAAAUGAAUAGUGAAAUAAAUGUAGUCGUCUGGGUUUAAUAUGCAUUUAUUAUUAAAGUAGUACAUAACACAUAAUUGUAAUAAAAUUACAUUGUUAUAC